UAUUUUUCAGAUCCUAAUGAGCAGCAGUGAAGAAGUUUCCUGGAUCUCAUGGUUCUGCGGCCUAAGAGGAAACGAGUUUUACUGCGAGGUAGACGAGGAAUAUAUCCAAGAUAAGUUCAACCUCACUGGUCUGAGUGAGCAGGUCCCUCACUACCGGCAAGCGUUGGACAUGAUUUUGGAUCUAGAGCCAGACGAUGAGGCAGAUGACAACCCUAACCAGGGUGACCUCAUUGAGCAAGCUGCCGAAAUGCUGUAUGGAUUGAUCCAAGCUAGAUAUAUUCUGACAAAUAGAGGAAUUUCUCAAAUGCUCGAGAAGUACCAGCAAGGAGACUUCGGACACUGUCCGAGGGUGUACUGCGAGAACCAGUUGGUGCUGCCCAUUGGACUCUCUGACGUCCCGGGAGAAGCCAUGGUGAAGCUCUACUGCCCUAAGUGCCAGGACGUCUACACUCCGAAGAGUACCAGACACCAUCAUAUAGACGGAGCUUACUUCGGCACCAGUUUCCCACACAUGCUGUUCAUGAUGCACCCAGAGUACAGGCCCAAGAAGAGUCCCACAUCAUUCUCCGCUAGGUUAUUUGGGUUCAAAAUCCACCCUCUGGCUUACCAGCUGCAAGAGCAGGCAUCGUCCAACAGGACCCGAUCAUCCACCAAUCGCAGCCGAAGCUCAAAGCAACACUACAAAUAGAACACCAGUAGACGUCCAGAUUGAACAACGAUGCCAACGCCAAGAAACGUGAUUGAUAAAAGUAUUUUAAGGGGUCCGUGAAUUUAAAAGACUCGAUUGUCAAUGUUCCUCCUAUUUUUUAGUUAAAAUCAGGAUUGAUGUUAAAUUUGUAGCCUGUUAUAAUCCGAAUAAAAAUCAUAAAGACGCUAGAGGCAAAAAGAAGACAUGAGACUAUAAUUACGUUCGUUGUUUCAUUUUGCCAAAAGAUUGUUUUUUUUUUCAAAAUCUGAAUUGUUAUUUUUCUAAUUAUGAUGAAUUUUUUUCUUGGAUUUGUAUGAGAGUAAAAUUCCUUGUUAAAUUGCAGUUUAGUCAUGGCUACAGUUAGUUGAUAGUAUAUAAAACUAUUUAAUAUAAAGUGUAGCCAGUAUUUCAAAUCUUCUUGUAGACAGUACUGGAUCCUGUAGCAUGGAGAUUUGAUGUGAUCGUUUUUUACAGGGAUCUUUUUACUCAGCUGCAAUUGGAAUCUAUUGAACUAUUUGGUAUAAUAGUUACAUUCUGAAAGUUUGCGUGCUAUUAUUUAAUGAUACGAAUGAGAAGCAAUCGAAGCUUAAUUAGUUGUUGUAUGUCGCCAUACGAUCUUAAUGUUUUGAUUUUCAAUUAAAAAUGUCUGUCGGA